UCUAUCGGCGGGUCCACUGUGGGCUUUCUUGGCAAGCUCCGGAGAACAUCCACGAGGUCGAAUUACGUUGCAUCAUCUUCUUCUUUGACUCCGCUGCAAUGGAUAUCGAACAUGAAACCAUGCUGUUUGACGCGUGAAUGGGACAUCUUGGCAUUUCAUCUGGGUCUUGCGUGGGGAAUGCAUUGUCCCCUGAGUCCUAACUUCUAAGUGAACGGGAGCAUGGACGUUCAUUGGAAAGGGUUAAUAUACUUUCCCACGACUCGCUGUCCAACAUUCCUUUUCCCAUCAACCUGGACAUUCUGCGCCCCGUCCGUCAUGUCCCAAUGUCCUCUUGGGCUUGGACUCCUACAAAGGCCCGUCACUCGUGGUUGAGGCUGGUCCAUGUCGCUACGGUUGGAGUGAUCAUCAGUAUCCUCUACCUUUUCUAUGUCUUCGCGGUACCGCAGAUCUUGCGCUUUCGCUUUCGCACCGACUUGAGCCAAUAUGACCUAGGGUUGUAUGGCUUCGGUCCUUCAAGAGGCUACGUUUCCUUCAACUAUCAAUCGCCCCUCGUCGAAAUCACUGAAUCGGCUUCAGGAUGUGAUCCCGGAUACACUUUCCUUGCGCCUCGGGGGGAUUCAGUACCUCAGGAGGGACCUAUGAUCCUCGAUGCUCAAGGAAACCUGGUCUGGAUGAAGUAUAAUUGGGAGACGACACAGGACUUCAAAAUGCAGAAGUACAAAGGCGAAUAUUUCUUAACAUAUUGGGAAGGCCGCGAAAUCGAAAGUCGUGGCUAUGGGUCGUGGUACAUGCUCGAUUCCACUUACACCCAGCGAUACGUGAUCAACCCUGUGGGAAAUUACGGCGGCGACCUACACGAAUUUACCUUAACCGAACAAGGAACAGCCCUCGUAACUAUCUAUGACCCAACUCCCGCAGAUCUAACAACAGUCGGAGGCCCGGAGUUAGGCUGGAUAUUCGACGGAGUCUUCCAGGAGAUUGACGUCGAGACGGGUGAAUUGCUCUUCGAAUGGCGCGCGUCGAAACACUACCCAGUCAGCAGUACCUACGAGCCCUUAGUCGGGGCAGGCAAGGACCGCGCCUCCGCAUUUGACUACUUCCACAUCAACAGCGUCGAUAAGGAUGACCAGGGGAAUUUCAUCAUUUCCGCAAGACAUACUCAUUCCAUCAGCUGUAUUGAUCCAAAGUCUGGAUCUCUGCUGUGGACGCUAGGCGGCAAAAUGAAUGAUUUUGUCGAUCUCUCUAAUGGUGAAGCAACCAAUUUCGCCUGGCAGCAUGAUGCGCGCUGGCACGCGAACAACACCUUGACCCUGUUCGACAAUGCGGUCCACUCGAACAAGGAUCCGGCGACAGAAAGCCGCGGGAUGUCUAUUCAACUUGACAUAUCGUCUCGCCAGGCAAAAUUGCUAGGGGCAUACUACCAUCCCCAACGCAUGAAGUCUGUGUCGCAGGGCAAUGUGCAGAUGUUGGACGAAGCCGGUCGAGUUGUAGUGGGCUGGGGCCACAGUGCUGCUUUCAGCGAAUUUACCGCGGACGGGCGGUUACUCUGCAAUGUUCAUUACGGUGCAUCUGCCUUCUUCACCUUCGGACGGGUCGUGUCAUAUCGGGUCUUCAAGGGUGACUGGGUUGGACGCCCGCAAACAACGCCAGACGCCGAGGUUGACGAUGAGAAAGUGUAUGCCAGCUGGAACGGUGCAACUGAAGUCACAGCAUGGAGAGUAGAAGUGUGGAACUCGGACGAUUUGAACGAUUCCUCAUUUGGGGUGGUGGCCCAAUAUGAGAAGACCGGAUUCGAGACAGAAAUUGAGAUUCCAAAGGAUCUAGGCCCUUUAUUCCGGCUCGCAGCACUCGAUUCAGGAGAAAAUGUGCUCGGCGUUACCGAUAUACUUCAGAAAGAGCACGGAGCGGAUCUGGAAGAACUCCUUGACCUGCACAAUUGGAUCCUGGGCCUUGCUAUGGCUAUCAGUGGCGGCGGCCUGCUGGCUGUCGAUUGUAUUCCCUACUUUGGAUGUCAAUUUUUUUGA